AGCAACCAGACUGCAGUUUCUUCAACACAGACACAGACUUUUCAUUAUUUUGUUGGAAUAUUUUGUUGCUUCUCCAGCAGCAUCCAUGGGCUGCGGCAAUUCAAAACAUGACAAACAACGCAGUAGAAAAACUGUCUUUCACUCAUUAGUGUUCAGGAUUCCGGCUCUUUACUACAAUAAAAAUGAAAAAAAACUAUUUGCCUUUUCAGAAAAGCGGACAUCCAUAAAAGAUUCUGACGCAGUGGCGCUGGUCAUGAGCACAGGAACAGUGGACACUGAUGACACCACUAAGAAGAAAACGGCGAAGUGGUCAAAGCCUGAAGAAGUAGUGGGAGUAAUAGAAAUGGAAGGGUCUAAAUAUCGUCCCAUGAACCCCUGCUUAGUGUAUGAAAAAAACACACAAAUACUGUUCCUUUUCUUCAAUCGUAUCACGGGGGAGGAAAACGCAAAGAACAACAAGGUCCGUCUGUGCUAUAUGACGAAGAAGAAGAAUGACGACAAGUGGAGUGAAGUCACUGAUGUGACCGACGUGCUGCCUACUGACAGCUGGUCUACGUUUUCUGUUGGACCGGGCCACGGCAUUCAAACUGAGAGUGACAGAAUUAUUGUUCCAGCUUAUGCUUAUAUGAAGAAAGAUAAAAUUCCACAUUCAUUCUACAUUUAUAGUGAUGAUAACGGAAGCACAUGGCAAUAUGGCAUGAUGCUGGGUGAACAAUCAGGAGAAUGUCAGGUGGCUGAGGUUUCUGAUGGCUUGAUCUACUGCAAUGCUCGUAAUCAGGGAGGCUAUCGAGUACAAGCACAGAUUGAUAAAAGUGGUUUCCACUCAUUCAAACACACUACACCCCUUGUGGAAACAGGUACAGGUUGUCAUGGGAGUGUGAUUUCCUUCCCAGCUCAGUCUGGAGAUGCAAACACCAAGUGGCUACUUUAUUCUCAUCCAACAAAUAAAAGCAAAAGACGUGAUUUGGGAAUUUAUCUGAACAAAUCCCCAAUGAAAUCCCUUGGUAAAUGCAAAAGAGUGUGGAGCAAACCCUGGGUCAUUAACAAGGGACCCAGUGGUUACUCUGACCUGACCUACAUUGAAGAUGGCUGGUUUGCAUGUCUGAUGGAGCGUGGAAAGAAAACUUAUACUGAAAAGAUAGCAUGUUUACUGUUCCACUAUGAUGAGAUCAAAAGGUAAAUUUGGCAUCACAGGGUAAAUUUGACUUGAAAAAAAUUCUCAUUAUUCAGUAUAAAAAUAGUUUCCUCCUUAUAUUUAAUUCACAUGUUUUUGUUGUAUAUCUGACUUGUCUUUGAACAUGUUUUUUUUAAAAGUGAAUCCACGUUAAAGGAAAAUUCCUGUCAUCUGUGGGAAAUAUUGUAAAGUCUAGCUAAUAAUUCUGACCUCAAAUGUAUACAGUAUAUCACAUAACAGCAUACACUGUUUGUGGCUAUAGCACAACAAAAUCUGAAAACAUUCAAGGACUGUGAGUUUCAUUGUGGAGCCUAAAAAUUGAAUGAAUGUUUCUUUAAAUUUUCACUUGGUUAAAAAAUAAAAUUCAUCUUGUUCUUCAGA